AUGACGUCCAACGGUAGCGCGCACGCUGUCGCAGCAUCCACUGGCACCACCACAUCGCAACCGCAACCGCAACCGCAACCGCACCCACCACCAGAAUGGCUUGCAUCCAUCGAUGCAGUCUACAGUCUGUUCGAAGACCAUGCCACGGCACAGCGCUAUCCGGAACUGGCUCGCAAAGUACAGUCCGCAGUACAGCUCUGCGAACAGGUGAUCCACGAAGUCGGUCAACAACACUGUGCACUCAGCUUCAACGGCGGCAAAGACUGUACCGUGCUGGUGCACAUUCUAUCUGCUGUACUGCGCAGGCUGAACCGAUUGGAUAGUGGCGUGAAUGCUGAUUCGUCAACGUCGCCGAUUCCGCCGAUACCUUCGCUCUACAUUACCUGUCCGUCGCCAUUUCCGACGGUGGAAAAGUUCAUCCGCUUCUGCGUUUCCCCGACACACGGAUACAAUCUACAGGUCAUCUCAGUACACGGUGGAAUGAAGAAGGGCAUUCGCACCUACCUCGAUGGCGGAGGACGAGAGCAAGUCGGCAUCACCCGUACCUCGGAUGCGCUCACCCAUGCCGACGUGCGCGAGUCGCGCAAACCUCGCGAUAUCCGUGCCAUGUUUGUCGGUACGCGUAGAGACGACCCUCACGGCCCACAACUAUGCGCACGUUCCUGGACCGACAAAGACUGGCCGCGGGUCGAACGCAUCCAUCCGAUCCUGGAUUGGUCGUAUCAGGACGUAUGGCACUUUUUAAGGUGUCCUCACCUCGCCUCGAACGACGCCAGCAUCGGAUGGUCUAGGCAAGAGCUGGCUACGCAUUGGGGAACAGCAGGUGGUGGAGACCAGGGCGUUCCGUAUUGUCUCUUGUACGAUCAAGGCUAUACGUCGUUGGGUUCAACGCAUAAUACGCUGCCCAACCCAAAAUUACGCAUGGACGACGAGCAGCAAACGUCCUCAACUGAGCAACCCGUGUUGGUAGGCGAUGGCACUGCAAAGGGAAGAUGGAGACCCGCUUACAUGCUCAAGGAUGCAAGCUUCGAGCGCGCUGGAAGGGUGCAAGAUGCGACCCCACAUGCUCCGCCAGCGUUGCCUACACCAUAG